GCCAAUCACUUGUCUCCAGUGACUGGUGGCGCAGAAGGCACUCACUCACGCUCUCGCGUCCUCAAGAUGGCGGCGGCCAAGGACGGUUGUGGUUUGGCAGAAGCGGCUACGGGGAAUGGGCGGCGGCUUCACUUGGGUAUUCCUGAGGCCGUGUUUGUGGAAGAUGUAGACUCCUUCAUGAAACAGCCUGGGAAUGAGACUGCAGAUACAGUACUAAAGAAGCUGGAUGAGCAGUACCAGAAGUAUAAGUUUAUGGAACUCAAUCUUGCUCAAAAGAAACGGAGAUUGAAAAGUCAGAUUCCUGAAAUCAAGCAGACUUUGGAAAUUCUAAAAUACAUGCAGAAGAAAAAAGAGUCUACCACUUCACUGGAAACCAGAUUCUUACUGGCAGAUAACCUGUACUGCAAAGCUUCAGUUCCUCCUACUGAUAAAGUGUGUUUGUGGUUGGGGGCUAAUGUAAUGCUUGAGUAUGAUAUUGAUGAAGCUCAGGCUUUGUUGGAAAAGAAUUUAUCAACUGCCACGAAGAACCUUGAUUCUCUUGAGGAAGACCUUGACUUUCUUCGAGAUCAAUUUACUACAACAGAAGUCAUUCUUACAGAUAUGGCCAGAGUUUAUAAUUGGGAUGUCAAAAGAAGAAAUAAAGAUGAUUCUACCAAGAACAAAGCAUAAUAUUAUUUGGCAAUUAAAAAUGUGAUUCAGUUUUCCAAAAAUGUAACUUUAAAUUCCCCAGCAUUUUUUCUUCAAGAUUGAUAUAAUUUUGAGUGUUUUUUUUAAGAUCAAGAAUGAUUAAAACUUUAAAAAAAGAUGAAUACCAUUUUAUUUAUUUAUAAAAACAAAAUUAGUUUCAAAUACUUUAUGAGAUUAACAGUAUUUUUUCACAUUUCCAAACAAAAUUAAUCGUACAUUCCUCUUUUGUUUUCCGUCUGUUAUAAAGGCAACUCUUAACUAAAAUCAGUGGAAAACUGAGAUAUACUAUGGAAGCUGAAUGCUGGGCAUUAGCACACUUUCUUACUGACUUACGUGGUUAAACCAUUUUCAAAGUAGAAAAGACAGGCAGUUUCAGUAUUUGUAAACUUAAAUUUUUUAGGCCUUGUAGGACUUUAUAGUCCACUGUUGUUGUCUUAUAUCAUUGGAGUUUUGUGAGUUACUGCUUGACAAUAAUUAUUACAAUAUUCUGAACUUUUCAGAAAAUGCUAAUUUGCCUUCCUACAUAGUAAGAGGGCUACUGCUACAACACUUCUAACACCAAAUAAGUGCACAGUGUCUUUCCAGUGCCACCAUAAGGGAGAUCUUUGCCAAUGUAAAAUAGUACUACACAUUCAAAACCCUUAGCUAAGGUAACUUUAUAUUUCUUAACAGUUCUCUAACAGUAAUAUUAAGAUAAAUAUAAAUCUGCCAUGUUUGAAAAGAAUUGUGAGCCUUUUUAUUCAUGAUAAACCUGCAUAGGAAUAGUAAAAAGAAAAAAAUCCCCAUGGAAAGCCAUUGGUACAGUGGCAAGUACUGGGUAAUACAGAUUUGAGUAAAAACACAAAUGUAUUAUUUCAUCUCUGUGUAAUAAAAAUUAUACUUGUACAAUGUUUUGUACUUGUAUUUCAUGUUAUUAAAAUAGUGAUGUUGAAA